AUGUGUUACUACAGCAGCUACUAUGGAGGCCAGGGCUAUGGCUGUGGCUAUGGCUAUGGCUGUGGCUAUGGCUGUGGCUGUAGCUAUGGUGGCUAUGGCUGUGGCUGCGGUGCCUAUGGUUUUGGCUGCUGCCGCCCACUCUGCUGUAGAAGGUACUGGUCCUAUGGUUUCUACUGA